AUGGAGAAUGUUUUCCGAUGGUCUUGUCUGAUCGGCGUGCUUGGGGCAAAGAAAUGGAUCUGCUAUGUUUGGAGUGCCUUCAUAUUGAUUGUUUUACUGGUGAUGGAAAGCCAAGCCAUCUGGAAGGUCAUCAAAGCACUUGGUGGGUGGGCUAUCGAUACUGCCGGACAGAGAAGCGUAACAGCACGGCUAGCUGGAACCAUCUUCUACACUAUAGCCAUUAUAUCCUUGAUCCUAGCCUCAAAACUCUUCAGGUCUUGGGGGCAACUGUCAGCAGUGUGGGUCAGAGUAGAACGGGUCAUGGCAGUGAAGGUCCCAAGCGAUGGAACUUUGAAGAGGAGAAUGUAUUUAACUAUUGGAUUUAUGACAGUUUGUGCGUUAUUGGAACAUUUACUAAGCAUCGUCUCAGCCAUUGGACUGGAUUGUCCACCGAAUUUGAUUAUGAAAAGAUAUAUUCUGAUAUCGCAUGGCUUUAUGAUACUGAGACAUGAAUACUCAGAUUGGUUCCCUAUACCUCUAGCUUUUAUGAGUACAAUAGCUACGAUGCUGUGGAAUUUCCAAGACCAGCUGAUUGUUCUCAUCAGUAUGGGAUUGACUUCAAGAUAUAGCAGACUAAACCAGUGUCUAGCCAAAAUAUGUGCGCUGGAAAAGAAGCAGAUGGAUUCUGAUCAAAAAACCGAAGCAACAAAAGUGUACACUUGGCGGAAACUGAGAGAAGCGUAUGUGAAGCAAGCUAUGUUAGUACGCAAGGUGGACGAUGCUAUUGGUGGCAUCAUCAUACUAUCGUGCUUCUGCAAUUUUUAUUUUAUAUGUCUCCAGUUGUUUCUGGGGAUCACCCAAAGCAAAUCAAGUGAGCCUCUCAGGACAGUGUACUACUUUACUUCUUUAGGCUGGUUAUGCUUCAGAGUGAUCAUCGUCGUCCUCGCAGCCUCCAAUAUUAACGUGCACUCUCAGAUAGCCCUCAACCACAUCUACACUCACGACACUCUUUAUUAUAACGUUGAAAUGGGACGGCUUCAAGAUCAACUCUCCAAGGAUUACGUUGCUUUAAGCGGCAAAGGCUUCUUCUACUUGAGCAAAAGUAUUUUGUUACAGAUGGCUGGUGCAAUAAUAACGUAUGAACUGGUCCUGAUACAGUUUGACGACAAAGGAACGGAUGAUGUUCAACUAAACUUGACUAAAAAUGGUAUCGGAGUAGAUUAAUGGCAUCAAUGACUAUGCAGAUUUGA